CCUCUAUAUUGUUAUCUAACAAAGGGCUUAUUCUCUUCUGUGUUUUCCUUCAUCCUGUUGACCAUGGAAUCAGGAACAGGACAUGGCACAGUGUGUGUAACAGGAGCAUCUGGUUACAUCGGAUCAUGGCUUGUUAUGAGGCUUCUCCAGCAGGGUUACAUUAUUAGGGCCACCCUGCGCGAUCCCAACAACACAGAGAAAGUGAAGCAUUUGUUAGAUUUGCCAAAAGCUCAGACACACUUGACUCUAUGGAAGGCUGAUCUAGACGACGAGGGUAGCUUUGAUGAAGCCAUCCAAGGUUGCACAGGAAUAUUCCAUGUCGCCAGUCCAGUGAUAUUUGAGUCCGAGGACCCCGAGAAUGAAGUAAUAAAACCAGCCAUCAAUGGGGUACUGAAUGUUAUGAGGUCAUGUGUCCGGGCAAAAACAAUCAAAAGAAUUGUCUUCACAUCAUCGGUGACAACAGUUCUGAUACGAGAACACCCACUUCCCAUGUAUGAUGAGAGCCAUUGGAGUGACAUAGAUUUUGCCAUGAGGGCCAAGAUGACCGGAUGGAUGUAUUUUGUCUCUAAAACAUUGGCGGAGAAAGCAGCUUGGGAAUUUGCUGAACAAAACAAUAUACACCUAAUCAGCGUCAUAGCUUCCCUUGUGGUUGGGCCCUUUAUCAUACCAUCCAUGCCUCCCAGCAAUUACGCGGCAUUUGCUUUGAUCACGGGGGCUGAAUGUUAUUACUAUUUUCUAAAGCAAUGUAGUUAUGUUCACCUGGAUGACCUUUGCAAUGCUCUUAUAUACUUGCUUGAACACCCUGAAGCAAAAGGAAGAUACAUUUGCUCAUCUCACGAUUCUACCAUUAUUAGACUUGCAAAAAUGUUGAAAGAGAAGUUUCCAGAAUAUGAUAUCCCCACUAAGUUUGAGGAUGUGGAUGAAGAAAACUUAGAAGUUGUUCCUUUAUCAUCUAAAAAGCUUCUGGGCCUAGGUUUCAAUUACAAGUACAAUUUUGAGGACAUGUUCAUCGGGGGCAUUCAAUCGGCCAGAGAGAAGGGCUUGAUUCCACUUUCCACUACAAGACAUGCCAAAGACAAGGAGAUGGAGUAGAAAACCAUUUGAAUCAACAAAAAGUAUCGUCUCUCUGUGAUUUUCCUUUCUUGUUGUACCUUUCUUUUUCUAUUGUUGAAGAUCUAGAUUAAAAUUAGAAGUGAUGCACAUUUUGCCCUAGACACCAUUUGGUAUAAAUUUUGUACUUUUGUCCCAUUUA